AUGGUCAAUGAAGCGGUGGAGAGCUUCACACGGGCCGAGGCAUGUGCCACGGAGGAGAAGGACUUGGAGAGCGCGGCGCAGUACAGUGCUGCCAUGGGUCUGCUACUGCUUUCGGAACAAAGGUAUUCGGAAGCGUUGGCGGCUUAUGACAGGGCUGUCAGCCGGCUUCCCUGCUCAGAGGAGGUUUGGGCCGCUCGUGGUGAGGCACUUUGCGAGCUGGGGCGCUUCGAAGAGGCCCUGGACAGCCAGCGCAAGGCCAUUGACCUGUGCUCCGGGCCCGAUCCGGGCUUACUGUACAACGUGGCGUUGACAUACGCCGGCAUGGGCGAUGCUGACGGCUGUGGCAAAGCGUUGCAGAAAGCACUCGACGCGGACAGGAUGCAGGUAAUGGCCAUCGUCCAGAACUUCGAUGGGGAUGGCGAGCUCUUCGCACAGCGCCGACAGGAUGAGGCUGCUUUCUUGACCCGGCGCUUGCAGGAGGCCGACGGAGAUUCCGAGCGGCGGCGCUGGCAGCGCCUUAAGGAGGUUGUCACGGCGCUUCGGCAGCUCGAAGAGGAUCCGGCCUGGCUGCGGGACCGCCUUUUGGACUCGGCCUCCGGCCGAAACCAGACGGCGUAUGGGAGCACCUGGAUCGAGUCGUUUUGCCAUCUGGCCGAUGCUGGCAGUCUGUAUUGCACCGGAACGGCGCCGCAGCAAAUGGUCGUUUUCGGCUCCAGCAUUGGCUGGCAGUGCUUCCUGGGGCAUCUCCACCUCGGGUAUGCGCCGUGCCGAGGCUUCGAAAUUCUCGCUUCGCAGGUCCAGGCGGCGCAGCGUCUGGCGGAGGAGCUUGGCCUCGAGGACGGCGUGGAGUUUCGGUGCCAGGACGCCCUGGAAGCCGACGUGUCCGAAGCAGGCUUGGUGUGGUUAAACACCUACGCCUGGCCAGCCGAAGUCAAGCAGCGUGUCGCCCAGAAGCUUCUGCAGGAAUUGCCUGAGGGCUCGCAGGUUGUGAGUUAUGAGCCAAUUCCGACAGCCGGCCUGUGCUGGCAGGGUCGCCACCUGCGACUGAAGGCUUCGGUCAACCUAGAGGCGUCCUGGGAUCCGGAACUGACGGCGGAGGUCCAUGUCUUCACUUUGCGGACGGUGUAUCUCGUGCAGAUGAAAAAGACCGCCCACAUCUGGCCACCAAAGCCUCACAAAACGCUCCCCCGCCCAUAA